AUGUCUGCCGAAGAUGUAAAAAACGGACACUGCCAACUGCCCGUUGAAAAUGGUAUUGGUGAACAUGGGGUUAGUCAUAGUGGACUCAACAAGUAUGCUUGUGCUUGUGUAAUAGCUGCCUGUAUUAUCUCUGCCAUAUUUGGUUAUGUAACGAGAGUGAUGGCUGGAGCACUCUUAUUCAUAAAAGAAGAUCUUCGAAUCAGUGAUCUCCAAGUGCAGUUUCUGGCUGGCAUUGUAAAUGUGUGCGCACUACCGGGAUCCUUGGUUGCGGGAAGAACAUCUGAUUAUAUAGGUCGCCGCAAGACUAUCAUUCUAGCUUCCAUCAUCUUCUUAUUGGGUUCCAUUCUAAUGGGUUAUGGUCCAUCCUAUCCAAUCUUAAUGAUUGGAAACUGUAAUGCUGGAAUUGGUGUGGGUUUUGCAAUGAUUAUAGCACCAAUUUACAGUGCUGAAAUUUCAUCUCCUUCCUUCACAGGCUUCCUCACCUCUCUCCCAGACCUUUCCAUCAACUUCGGACUCUUGCUUGGCUAUUUGUCAAACUACUUCUUUGAAAAAUUGUCCCUGAAACUUGGAUGGAGGAUGAUCCUAUCUGUUCCUGCAAUUCCUUCACUUGUGUUGAUAAUUCUAAUGUUAAAAUUUAUAGAGUCUCCAAGGUGGUUAGUCAUGCAAGGACGUGUAGGUGAGGCCAGGAAAGUUCUUUUACUAGUGUCUAAUUCAAAGGAAGAAGCUGAACAACGCUUAAAGGAGAUAAAAGCUGCUGUUGGUAUUGAUGAAAAGUGCACUCAAGACAUUGUCCAUGUUCCAAAGAAAACUAGCAGUGGUGGAGGAGCUAUGAAGGAACUGUUUUGUAAUCCCUACCCCCUCCCUAUGCGUAGGAUACUAAUUGCAGCCAUUAGAGUUCAUGUGUUCCUGAUGAUCGGUGGACUCGGGGGCAUGGAUCCGCCUCUACUCGGGGGUAUUUUGAUAUUUAGUCCAAGGAUCUUUGAGAGAACAGGAAUCAAUGACAAGAGCAAGAUUCUACAAGCCACAUCUGGUAUGGGAGUCAGCAAAAUAAUAUUCACAAUCAUAUCAACAUUCUUGUUGGACAGAGUUGGUAGGAGGAUUCUGUUGCUGAUUACUGCAGGAGGUAUGGCUGUGACUUUGUUAGGUAUGGGUGUUUGCUUGACCAUAGUGGAGGAUUGUAACAAGGAAAAACUAUUGUGGGCAAUGAGCUUUACCAUUAUUGCUACCUACAUCUUUAUGGCUUUUAUGUCUGUUGGUGUUGGCCCUGUGACAUGGGUUUAUAGCUCUGAGAUUCUUCCACUGAGGGUCAGAGCACAAGGUCUUGCUGUUUGUGUGGCUGUGAACAGAAUUACAAAUGUGGCAGUGGUUACGAGUUUCAUUUCAAUUUAUAAGAAGAUUACGAUGGGUGGGAUUUUCUUUAUGUUUGCUGGUAUCAAUGCUAUGGCUUGGGGGUUCUACUAUUCUUUCUUGCCUGAGACAAAAGGAAGAGCAAUAGAAGAUAUGGAAAUUAUCUUUGCGAAAAAAUCGAAAUGGGAAAUGCAAAUGAAGAGACCACUAGGGCUAGCCUAG